ACGCCCCCACCAAAAGGCCAAAACCAAAACACAAAGCUCGAGCCCUAGAACCGCGAUGGACUCAGGGGGCGGAGGAGGGGGGUCGCACAAGGCCGCGUCGGGCUCCGCGCCGUCGGCGGCCGCGGCGGCGGCGGCGCCGAACCCCACGGCGAUGCUCUCGGCCCUGAUGGGCAAGCGCGCCAAGCUCCAGGAGGAGGUCCGCUCCAUCGAGCGGCAGGUUUAUGAUAUGGAGACCACCUACCUACAAGAAUCUAAUCAGUUCGGAAGCGUGCUGAAGGGUUUUGAAUCAUUCUUGUCAUCGUCAAAAAACACUGCUAACCUCAAGCGGUCCAGGAAGUUUCAGGUUGAUGAGAGACUAUUCUCUCUGUCAUCAGUUACUUCUCCAGCGGUUGAAGAGCAGCUGGCUGCACGAGAUGAGGCAAGAGAAUAUGCAGGUCGUUCAAAGGGUGCAAGCACUCCAGCUAAUGGCCAAGGGAAACCAAAGAAGGGAGGGCGUCCUGGAGGGAGAGAUGGCAAGAGAAUACGUCCAUCGAACGAUCCAGACUUGGACGACGAAGAUGACUACUAACCCUCGCAUGUUUCAGGCAUCUUUUAACUUUGUGGCUGCAUCUAGUUCUGUCUUUAUGUGUUGUUGCCUUUAGGCUUUAGCCAUGUUCUCUUGCAAAUCCAAACCAGCGCCGAGGAAUCUCCUGUAUUUUAGGCUCCCAGCUCAUCUGCUUGCUUGGGCGUGCGUCUUCGCCUUUUUUUUUCUUCGUUUUGCCCUUUGUAACAUAUAAGGUAGCAGCAAGUUAAUUAGACAUGAAAAGUUGUGUGGACAUCAUUCUGUUUCUUGUAAACUAAUAACUUGUUUUAAACUCUCAUUGGCUGAGCGAAUUAACUUGCCCUGGUUCUCGGUGAUGA